AUGGUCAAGCUUGCUUGCUCCACAGCACUGUUCUGGGCUUUGCCAACCAACAUCAGGCCAUUGAUCCGCAUUGCAUACCUUAGCCAGAGACGCGCCUAUUCCCAAAGUAAGUGCUCAACACGCAAACAACUAACAAUUGCCGGUGUCGACUACCCUACCGAUUCAUGGACCAACGUUCCUCGGGCGAUCUUGUCGAACUAUGGCCGGAAACUGCACAUAUCACAGCAUCACCCACUAGCCAUUACGAGGCAGCUCAUCGAGUCUCGCUUCGUAGGUUUCAAGAACCACAACAACUUACCUGGAGUUGUUACUGUUGACCAGAACUUUGACUCCCUCGGCUUCGCGCCAGAUCAUCCUGGACGCAGCAAAACGGACACCUACUACGUCAAUGAAAGUACGCUGCUACGAACGCAUACUACGGCUCAUGAGCGUGACAUCUUCCGAGACAAUCAAAGCGAUGGUUGGACGCUUGCAGCAGAUGUCUACCGCAGAGAUGCCGUUGAUCGGAGCCAUUACCCGAUCUUUCAUCAGAUGGAGGGCGCCCUAACCUGGCAUCGACCAAAUUUCAGCUCACGAGACGCAUGUUUGGACGCUAUAAAGGACAGCCUUCGCAAGCUACCUAAGCACGAUCUUGCGGUUGAAGAUCCCAAUCCUCCGUUUCAUCCGGACCACAACCCGUUGCAGGAGAAGUACCACUCACCCGAGGAGGCCGAGGCAGUCGGUGCCCACCUUAAGCGUUCGCUUGAGGAUGUUGUCGUAACAAUCUUUACCGAAGCCGACAAAGCGCUUGCCUCAGCCGGUCAAGCUUCGUCAACCGAGCAAGAACCACUCAAAGUGCGCUGGGUCGAAGCGUUCUUUCCUCACACGUCGCCUUCCUGGGAAUUAGAGGUGUGGUGGAGAGGCGACUGGCUGGAAGUGCUCGGAUGCGGUGUCAUCGAUCAGCCCUUGCUCAUACGUGCCAAUCAACCAGACAGAAUUGGCUGGGCUUUCGGAAUUGGCCUUGAGAGAAUCGCCAUGCUUCUAUUCGGCAUCCCAGACAUCCGUCUAUUCUGGAGCAAAGAUGAGCGUUUCUUGCGGCAGUUCCGAGCUGCGGACCCGUACAAACGAUUCCAGCCUUUCAGCAAACACCCUGCAGCACCUCGAGAUGUCGCUUUUUGGCUGCCUGCAAGUGCCCAGGGCCCGGUAGUGGCAGAUACACCUGCAUCGAACAGUUCAGCACCCAGCCCGGCAGGCGGCCAACGGACGGAAACUGUUAAGGCGGGUGUCGAGCCUGUCUUCCAUGAGAACGACCUCAUGGAGGUUGUGCGGAUGAUCGCCGGAGAUGCAGUCGAAGACGUCAAGCUUAUCGAUGAUUUCACGCAUCCCAAGAACCAGCGCAGAAGCUUGUGCUAUAGGGUCGAAUACCGCAGCCUCGAGCGGACGUUGACGGCGGAGGAAGUCAACGCCAUGCAUGAGCAGGUGUGCAGCGAGCUUGUCGGCCGGUUCAAUGUUGAGAUCAGGUAGCCAUGCCAACAACUCCACGGAGAAAUGUAUCUCUGCUGAGACUCGACAUGGAUGCACUGUGCUCACCGACUGCCCCUUAGUCUGUUCUCGGAAGUGUAGCUUGUAUAGUGUUGUAAAAUAACCCACUCUGCUCACUGUCUGGUCACGCAAACGGACGGGAAAGCCUGAC